CUAUGAAGGAAGGUCAGCAUAUUGUUUACGCUUCAAAUAACAGUAACACCUGGAAUAUUGGAACAGUUUUAUACAAUGAAAGAUCGUUGCCUUCUGAGAUUACAUUUAACGCUGUUUUCAGAUACAUAACAUAUGUACUUUAUGCAGAUCAGGGUCAACCUUCUGAACUUGAACUAUGUGAGAUUGGAAUUUCUGGUUGUCCACCUACACAUUAUGGUACAUUCUGUAAUACAUCGUGCCCAAAAAACUGUCAUGGACCAUGUGACCUUAAAAGUGGACUUUGCACAUUCGGCUGUUCAAAUGGAUGGAGUUCUGUUGAUUGUAAACAGGCAUGUCAACCUGGCAGUUACGGAAAAAAUUGUCUUGAGAAAUGUUCAACAAAUUGUGUUACUUCACCAUGUAACCACGUGACGGGAUGAUGCAAUGGUGACUGCAAAGAUGGAUGGCAGGGAUUUAAUUGUUUUGAAAAGUGCCCUCAUGGUCAAUUUGGGAAGAACUGUUCUCAGUUUUGUGAGGGAUGUGUACUAGGCAUGUGUGAUCCUGUUAAUGGAUUAUGUAAUAAAAUAC